UCCCAAUAAACAGCAUGUUUAAAGAAGUUAACCUCAAAUUUUGUUUCAUAUCAACUUUUGAUUCAUUUAUAAUUUGUGAUACUUACCUUAAUAUUAUGUUCUAAUUUAAGUAAACAGGUUUAUACUGCAAUUGCUAUGGAUAUUAGCAAAUAUAAUUUUUAUGUGGGUACGUCCAGAGGAACUUUGCUGUUUAACAGUGAUAAACCAAAUAAUAUUCAAUCUGCAAAGAGUGAAGAAAUUUCAGAAGUAACGAGCCUAAAUUUCGGUAGAAAUGAAAACGAACUGUUAAUAGGUUAUGACAAUGGCUGCGUAAAUAUUUUUGAUAUCAUAGAGAGAAAAUAUAUUAAAACACCUGAAUUGCAAGGAGAAGGGCGAGUAGUAGGAAUUGGAUAUGUAAAUAAGUCAAUUGUAAUAGGAAAACAUGAUGGUAUUAUUAAUGUAUGGAAUGGUAAACGUAACAACUAUUUUGAUACACACUUGGAUGAAAAAGGAACCCUUGACACUUUAGUGUGCAAUGAGAAUAGACAUGGUGUUAUUGGUACUGGUGGAGAGUUUAAUGAUCUCAAAUUGUGGGAUAUUGAAACUCAACAGUGUAUUUUUAAAGCGAAAUCACUUGGGCAUGACAUGUUAAAUCUACCAAUACCUACAUCAGUUCGAGGAAUUACAUUUUUUCCAGAAGAUAAUUAUUUAAGUGUAUGCGCUACAAAAGAAGGCCAUGUUUUAUUAUAUGACGAUAGGGCUCAAAGAAGACCUGUGGUCAAAUUUCUAGAGAAAAAAGCUAGUUAUACUACUAUUGCUUGUGCUUAUAGAGAAAGACAAUGUUUAGCUGGAACAACCAGAGGCUACAUGCAGGUGAUGGACAUGAAAGCUGGAAAAUGUUUGAGAACAUUUACAAAUUUUACUGGUAGUAUAACCAGUAUUGUUUGUGACCCUUUGGAGCCGUAUGUAAUUACUACUUGUUUAGAUAGGCAUUUAAGAAUACAUAAUUUGGAAACUAAGGAGUUGUUACAUAAGGUAUAUAUGAAGCAAAAUUUAACAAAGGUCCUAGUAAAAUCAAUAGUUAAAGAUGAGCCAGUAGAAGACACAAGCGAGAAAGAAAAAGUUGAUGAAGAAUACGAAGAAAUCUUUGAAAAUAUGGAAACUGUUGUUAGUUCAAAAAAAUUAAAGAAACAGAAGCGGCAUGAUGAGGAUGUUACUGAUAAACCAAGAAGAAAAAAGAAGAAGAAGCUUAAACAAGCCGAAGGUUAAUUUAGUAUUAACAAAUUGUAAUUUUUUUUUAAAUUCGUUAAUUACAUAUAAUUUUAAAUAAGUAAAA